UCUGCAAUCUUGCCUUAUCCUCCUCCUCGCCGCAAGACCAGUCACGCCUACGUGCGAAAUCCGCCGCCGGCGCGUCUCGAAAUGCCCGCGCCUCCCCUGUUCGCGCGCCCCUCCUCCGCACCUUCCGCGCCGCAGCCUGCUCCUCAUCCCCUUCUCCGUCCAUCUGCCUGGAAGCGUACGAAGCCCAAUCGCCCCUUGCUCUCGCCUGUAAAGAGAAGGCCGGCGCUUCUCGCCGUCGUCCGGUCCAAGGGCAAGGACGACACCAGCUUCACCGACCGCAUCCUUGACUACAUCGAGGGGGGUCCAAAGUUGAGGAAGUGGUACGGAGCACCCGAUUUGCUUCCCAAGGAUGGGGGAACCGAGGGUGAGGAGGAUGAGCCUUCAGAUAUCGAGGACCCUCGAGAUGCCGUGCUAGUUACCAAUGGCGACAGCGAGAUAGGGCAGAUGGUGAUAUUGUCACUGAUUCUGAAAAGGGCUAGAAUAAAAGCAUUAGUGAAGGAUAAACGAUCCACCGAAGAAGCUUUUGGAACUUAUGUAGAGUGCAUGGUUGGCAACAUUGAAGAUAAGUCCUUCACAAAGAAAGCGUUAAGGGGUGUUCGUUCUGUAAUUUGCCCAACCGAUGAUGGCUUCUUCUCUGACCUGAUUGACCUCAAGGGUGUCCAACACAUUGUUCUGCUAUCCCAGCUAUCUGUCUACAGAAAUAGCGGUGGGCUCCAAGCUAUUAUGAACAGCAAGCUGAGGAAGCUAGCAGAACGAGACGAAGAGGUGGUCCUUGCAUCUGGCAUCCCGUCGACGAUAAUAAGGAGUGCUUCUCUGCAGACCACUCCUGGUGGUGAGAGGGGAUUCAGUUUUACAGAGGGUGUAGCAGCCAAGGGAAGAAUAAGCAAAGAGGAUGCUGCUACAAUUUGUGUGGAGGCCCUGGAUGCCAUUCCCCAGACAACACUCAUAUUCGAGGUGGCAAAUGGGGACGAAAAGGUUGCAGACUGGAAAGCAUGGUUUGCUGAGCAGAUGGCAAAGGGCUAAAGCAAAUACACAUGAUUGGAACACACGUUUAUUUCAUCGUCGAAGUAUAGUAUAUGUGAAUAUAGGACAAGCAACGAAAAGUAAAGAGAUUCAGCGUUUUUGCAUUGGAAUCACUACCCCUCAUGACAAUCUAAUCAUAGAUCUGAGCGAUGCUUGGAUUUCCAUCUGCUAUUCUCCCAGGACGGUUUGCAUCAGUGCUGAGGCUGAAGGGUUGUGAUCCAAUCAGUUACAGGUUGAUGGACACAAGCAACAGCAAUAUUUCGUACUUUCUUUUUGUACAUUGUAUUUGCAUUUGCAAUAUACAAGGAGAUGCAGUUCUUGUAGAUAUUAUUUUCUAAUUAUGCCUCACCAUUAAUUGUGAAUAUUAUCUGUGCCGCUGAAAGCUACAGUUCUGGACAUU